GCCGCAUCCUCGGAGGCGUGCAGCGGUGAUUGACAUCGUCUGAAGCCAUUGGCCAAGCUGAGAGCAGUUCAAGGCAGAAACCUCUGCCCGCAUCGUCCGGCGAAGGAAGACGUUUUUCCCCACCUCCUUCUUCUAUUGGAUCUCUGAAGCCGCCGGGCGUUUGACAGCAACCAAUCGGAGGACCACAUGGAGGGAGGAGGCGGAUUGGUGAUGGUUGCCAGGAGCCUGUUUGGCGCGACUCUUGGGACCAGUGGGACUAGUCGUUUGUGUCCCAACUCUACGGCAGGGGCCUGGACUGGAAGGCUGGGCUAGGAGCGGGUUCCGCUCCACCCCGCCCCGCCAGCACUUCUGCAGGCUGCCUGGGACCUUGAGGCCCACCCAAUGUCCACCCAACCCUAGCGCUCGUGCCUCCAACCAUCGCGGUCUCAGGCCCUGGGAUCAGCUGCCCCCAGUCCUAACCCUCUUUCACCCCCAACUCCAUCCCUGCUAGUGCCUGGUUACCAUGGUGAAGCUAGCAGCCAAAUGCAUCCUGGCAGCCCUCUAGAGUAGGAGGAGGCUCUCAUGCCUGAUGGGACCCGAGUGAUAUCUGUCCCUCUGCUCUGGCUUCAGGAGAUCCAGCUGUAGGCAAGACAGCCCUGGUGCAGAUGUUCCGCAGCGACGGAACCCAUUUCCAGAAGAACUACACUCUGACAACAGGUGUGGAUUUGGUGGUGAAGACAGUGCCAGUUCUUGACACAAAUGACAGUGUGGAACUCUUCAUUUUUGACUCUGCCGGCAAGGAGCUGUUCUCUGAAAUGCUGGAUAAAUUGUGGGAGAGCCCCAACGUCCUGUGUCUCGUCUAUGAUGUGACCAAUGAGCAGUCCUUCAACAGCUGCACCAAGUGGCUGGAGAAGGUUCGGGCCCAGACUCCGGGUACCUUCCUCCCAGGUGUUUUAGUGGGAACUAAGACAGACCUGGCUGGCCGACGAAUGGUGGAUUCUGCGCAGGCCCAGGCGUGGGCACUGGGUCAAGGCCUGGAAUUCUUUGAAACGUCUGUGAAGGAUAUGGACAAUUAUGAGGCCCCAUUCCACUGUCUGGCCAAGCAGUUCCACCAGCUAUACCGGGAGAAGGUGGACAUGUUCCAUACCCUGGUGUGAGGGUAGAGUGGACUGUCCCACAGGAAUGGCUGGGCUGGGCUGCUGUGAGCCCAGCAAACCUUCAUCUCUCCAGAACACAGAAGAUGGACUUGGCCUGGUUCUUCUCAAAUAUCCACCUCAGCUUUCAAUAAAAUGAGGAAAAUGAA